AUGGUUGAGGGAGAACCAGUUAAUCAGUCUGAUGAACUACCGAAAGUUGAAAAUGAACAACCAAUUGAAACUGAACCGGCUGUCGCAGAAUUAGUUGUGAAACAUCCGUUAGAGAAUAAAUGGACACUUUGGUUCUUCGAAAAUAAAAGUAAAAUUUGGGAAGAAAAUAUACAUGAAGUUGCUAGUUUUGAUACUGUUGAAGAUUUUUGGUGCUUAUUCAAUCACAUCAAACGUCCAAGUCAACUUUCAAACCAAUGUGACUACAACUAUUUCAAAAAUGGAAUCAAACCUAUGUGGGAAGAUGAAAAAAAUAGUGCCGGUGGUCGUUGGUUACUACAGUUACCACCAGCAAAAAAUAGCCAACAUGUUGAUGAGUACUGGAAAAAUAUUAUAUUAAGUAUAAUUGGUGAAAUAUAUGACCAAAGUUCUGAAAUUAAUGGAGCUAUAGUUAACGUACGAACCAAAGGAACUAAGAUAGCAGUAUGGACAAACAAUGCAUCAAAAGAUAAUGGCAGUAAUAUUAUGGCUAUUGGAAGAAAGAUAAAAGAAGUUUUGGGCGCACAAAAUGAAAAGAUGGUUUAUGAGUCUCACGCAGAUACAGCAAAUAAACAAGGAUCAUUUACAAAACACGCAUUUAUGAUAUAA